UUGUAUAAAAAUUGUCACACGGUUUUUUUUUGUUUGUUUUUGUUUUUGUUUUGUUUUUUAGCCCGGGAAUAGAAAGUUGAGUGUCUGCGCUGUGAAUUACUUUCAUAAUUCUUAUAAAUAAUACAGACUUUCCCUUGUAAGUAAAAUAAAUAAAUAAAAGAUAUGGAAUUAAAGCGAGGCAAAAACUUCUCGACUGAGAUUAUAUGUUUUUGUGAUAAAGUCGUGACACAUAUAUUUUAAAAUGUCUUUUCUACGAAAGUCCUAACGAAAGAUCGGCUGUGUCCUGUUGGCGCUUGAAGUGCAAAUCUUCACACGUUCUUCGCUCUUUACAAACUUUUGCGUAAAGAUGAGUUUUAAGAUAGAACCAAAAGACUCGAUUCUUGCUAAUCCUGUGUAAGUGGUGCAGGUAUUUUUCUCUGGUUUAAUUAGCUUAUUUGCGUCCUCCAAUAACCUCUCUCUGUCUCUCUCUCUCUGUCUCUCUCACACACACACAGGCGCGCACCUCCCGGCCCUGCUUGAGCUGUGGCUAUACAUAUAUAUUUAUAUAUUUAUGUAUAUAUAUUUUCCAGGCGUAUAUUUUUUAUUUAGAAUAAAGCCCCCAUACUUUAGGGAAGUGAAGUUGGAAGAAGAUAAAGCCACUUGCACUGUAGAAAGAUCAAACGCGUGAUAAAGUUGAUUCAGCGGUUGGACAGAGUAGCUGACUGUUUUGGCUGACUCAGUUUUACUGUUUAUAUUUUACUUGGCAUAAGUAAGUGAUUGACUGAGAUGUGGUUUAGCUUGUACUUAAGAGGAUUGUGCUUUUAUGGCCCCAGCUGAAGUGCACUGCACAGGCCCUGGCCAAGUCAUUUAUCUUUACAGCAUUUGGCUUUAACCUGGCUAGAAAAAAAAAUUAACAGAAUAUUUAAAGUGAUUUUGAGCAGGAGUGAAAAAAGGAUUUGAGAAACAGUUGCGAGCGAACACAUUUACUAGCAUUUACACUUGCUUUUGUCAUUUUAAUUGGCAGCUUUAUAGUGAGGAGAUGACAUUAAAAGAAGUUUUGAAUGGAUUUUUAACCUCUCUGAAAGACAAUGAGGAGCUAUACUAUUCACAGUGAAUAUAAUACAUUUACAAGCUGUUAAUGGAAUCUGCAACAUACACAGAGUUACCUCUUUCAGUGUAAUAAAUGAUCAUAAUUUGACAUUAGUGUACUGGAGCAGAGUUUUAUCAGCGAUGGAGCCUGAGACCAGAAAUGUGGCUUUUUAGAGGAGCACCAGCAGCAGCCACAGAUAGAGAGGGGAUUUCUGUGGUUUGCUAUAGCCGGCUUGUUGCCUGACUGCCUACAAAAAGAACAAUAACUCGUCAAAAGUCUUCCCACCCUAAAAACGCCUGUGUAUAGUUAUUAAAUCUGGCAUUUUAAUGACCUCAAACAAAAAUAAUUUAAUGUUUCCACCCCUCAGCUGCAGUCCUUUCUGCUGAUUCCUAGAGAUUCCCAGAGAACAAGAAUUAAGAAAUGAAACAAAUAUAAUUUAUUGUUGAAUCAGUGAAGCAGUAUUAAUAUUAGCCAUUUAGUUGCUGAGUUGUUGUAGGAAUUAGUGUCUGUUUUGUUUUGUAUUUUUGAAGGGGGGAAAAAUUGAGUGGCAAAAAAAUCCAUAAUGAUGUGUUUUAUUCAAAGGUAACAAUUUUGUAAUGCAACACAAAGUAGUGUAAUAUGACUGUAAUACGAAAUGAGUUAAACAAAAAUGAAUAGCUAAAUAAAAGUGAGAUGAAACAUUUUAACAGUAGGCCGGGCUGCCUAACCUCAACUUUUAGGAAUGAAGCUGGGCAGGUGCCAAUCCAUGUGUUAACCUCAAUGCUUGAAACGAUUUGGCAUGAAAUCCUUUGAGUACUCGAUCAACCUUUGCAAAUACCUUUCACACUAUUGCUUCAUUUGAUGUGCCGCCUCUCUCGCCUGCCUGUGUUUUAUUCAGUUUUGUACAUUAAGCUAGCAUGUAUACAUGAGGCCGCGUGCAUCGUGUCUGAAGAAUGAGUAUCUCUCUGCCUUCCUUUUUUUUAUUUUUUAUUUUUUUAAUGGUUGCAUCCCACUUCCAGAUUAUGGUAUGUGGAUAGUUUGAUAAGAGAAAUGCAACUGUGUGGGGCGCAUGCUCCCUGCAGCAGCAGCAGCAGCAGUGUUACAGGAGUCCCACUCAGAGCAUGCUCGUGAAAUGCGAGCAGAGCUGCAAGUGCAUUCAGUCACCGGGCUUCGAGUUGAUAUAAACGGUGGAAUUUACUUGUCACACCUGCAGCAUAUCUAGGAUGGAUGAGUUUCAUCCCUUCAUCGAGGCACUUCUUCCUCACGUCCGCGCCAUCGCCUACACGUGGUUCAACCUCCAGGCCAGAAAACGCAAGUACUUCAAGAAGCACGAGAAGCGGAUGUCCAAGGACGAGGAGCGCGCGGUGAAGGAUGAGCUUCUGAGCGAGAAGCCCGAGGUUAAGCAGAAAUGGGCAUCCAGGCUGCUAGCCAAGCUGCGUAAGGACAUUCGGCAGGAGUACCGGGAGGACUUUGUCCUCAGCGUGACGGGCAAGAAGCCCCCUUGCUGCGUGCUAUCCAACCCGGACCAAAAGGGCAAGAUACGACGAAUCGACUGUUUGCGGCAGGCCGACAAAGUAUGGCGUCUGGACCUGGUGAUGGUCAUCCUCUUCAAAGGCAUCCCUCUGGAAAGUACAGAUGGCGAGCGCCUCGUCAAGUCUCCACAUUGCACCAACCCAGCACUUUGUGUCCAGCCACACCACAUAACAGUAUCAGUCAAGGAGCUGGACUUGUUUCUAGCAUACUAUGUCCAGGACCAAGACUCUCAGCAGUCAGGAAGUCCAAGUAACAAUGAGCCAGGCAAGAACCCUCUUCCAGUGUAUUUGGAAGACAGUUUCAUCAAAUCAGGAGUCUUCAGUGUUGCAGAACUAGUGCGAGUGUCCAGAAUGCCCAUUACCCACGGUGCAACAGUAAACUUCUCCAUGGCGGACAUGCCCAGCCAACCUUACUAUCAUGACCUGAACUCCAGCGUGGGGCUGCAUCGCCCCCUGUCCUCCCCUCCUGGCAGCAAAAGGCCCAAAACCGUCAACAUGGAGGAGAACAUGGACACCAGCCCGACGGGACCCGACUUCUACUCGUCACCCAGCCCGCCAAACAGUCAGGCAAACUGGCGCGACAGAGACGGAGCAGACAUGUCCUCUCCUACGAUGAAGAAGCCAGAGAAGCCGCUGUUCAGCCCGACCUCUCCGCAGGACUCCUCACCACGACUCAGCACUUUCCCUCAGCCUCAUCACCCAGGCCUAACAAGUGUAGGACACAGUGUUAUAUCGGCGAGGAGCCCCCCUCCACACUCGCCGCUGCAGUUCUCGGCCUCGGCUAUCUUGCCCCCGACGGCGUCGUCCUACUUCUCGCACCCCACCAUCCGCUACCCGCCUCAUCUCAACCCUGCUGAUUCCCUCAAGAGCUACGUGCCGUCAUAUGACCCGUCCAGCCCGCAGAGCAGCCAGCCUAACAGCAGUGGUCAGGUUGUUGGAAAGGUCCCAGGCCACUUCACCCCAGUUUUGGCUCCCUCCCCACACCACGGCGCUGUGCGACCUGUCUCGCUUUCCAUGCCAGACACCAAGCCCAUCACCACAUCAACAGAAGGCUACUCAUCGCCUGGCACGCCAACAGCUAAUCGUUUUGUGAGCCUAAACCCUAGAGAUCCCACCUUCCUGCACCAGCAACAGCUGAGGAAGUGUGACUGGAGCGUGACUCAAAACGGCAGGCAUUAUGGCCCCAGUGCCACUGACGACACUUUGGGGAUUACUUGGCAAAGUCCUGGUACCUGGGCGAGCUUAGUUCCAUUCCAAGUGUCGAACGGGACUCCGAUUCUGCCAACAAAUGUCCACCAGAACUACAGCAUAAACAUCAUUGGUGAGCCCCUGGUCCCCGCCGAGACAGGGAACUGAUCACACAGAGGCCGGAUGACCCCCAGGGUGGAUAGAUGGGUGGUAGUGCGGAGCUAGCACUACAGGUGUCCACAGCCAUGGAUGAAACCAGCAAAGCAGCAAGCGCUGCAUAACCCUCUCUACUAUCCCCCCCCAACCCUCAUCCCAGCCCCUCCUUGUUCCCUCCCCACUCCCGUCCCUCCCGAUGAUGGACACUGGCCCUGAAGUGAAGAUGAGGGUUCGUUCAGAGGAAAGAAGAAGAAAAAAAAACAAAAAACCAAGAAGCUUCAGGUCUGCUGUCUCCUCACCCCGGCCCACACACACACACACAAACACACACACCUACCACCCACCAGUCAGUUGUUGUGUGUUGCAGAACUUUGCAAUCCAUUCAGAUACUGUGAUGUAUAGAUGCCUUAAUGUUUUAUUGCAUGACACUCUAGUCUCUUAGCGGCGAUUCCUAUUAUUUUUCCAUGUUGGAGGAAGAUGUAAAAUCUAGAUUUACAAACACACCCACACACACACGCAUAAGUGAGGGGGUCUGCAUAUUUGACAACCUCUGCCUGGUGGAUGGCUCAGAGACUCUAAGCUCUCCAACUGAGACCUCUUGAGAAGAGGCUUUCCCGCAUCAAACGAUUCACUGUGUGCACCAUAGGAACAAAAACUUGUGAAUUCAGAGUGUUUCUUCUUCCAUUUGAUUUCAGUUUACUGUGAUACGACUCUUUGUUCAGAAAAAUGUGUUGACUUUGUUUAUUCUUUACUGCUACUUACUUCAUGAAUUAAUGUAAACACUUAGGCCCCUUUCAGACAUGGCUUCACGGGUUUGUCAAAGCGAUUAAGACACCGGUAACUCUUACGUGAACGCUCCUCACGGCAGCGCCGCAGACAGCCUCGGUAUGUGCAAAAGGCUUGCUGCAUUUGUGGCCGCAAGAUGUGCCCGGCGAUAUUUAAUUCUCCUCGCCGCCACAGACCCUGUUCACAGGAGACAUUUCCACAUGACAGGAUGAUGGCUCAGUUUUCAUUAAGUGUCCCAGUAAGUCAUGGCAAGCUGGUCAGUGAGCAAGCAAACGCAACAGCAGGACUUCCCCGACCUUUUUACUUGGUCUGAGCCAGCAGCAUCUCUGAGAUGGGCACAGGAUGUUCUUCAGUGGCAACGCUGGACGCCAAAAGCAAACCCUCCUGGCUGAAAGGGCAACAAAGUCUGCACAAGUUAGGAUGGGUGCUGGUGGGGUAAACUGCCAUCAUCUGGAGCGUCAUCCAACAUCCAGACAGAUAGCAGUUCCUGUCCUGUGGGACACGUUUUGGCUAAAAACCGCACCAGUUCACAGCUUUCCAAUUGAAAAGUGAUGGUUAAGAGGUUACCUAGAGCGUUAAGUGGUGACACCAGUGGGUCGUCACAGAACAUCUGCAUGUUGCACCCUUUCCUGCUUUGAUAUGUUAAAAUAUCUGCUGUGAAAACAGUGAAAACGCCCUCUUCUGUACGGUAAACUUGUGCAUGCCUGUCCGUCAGUACGACUGAGACCUGCGCCGUGUCGAAAGCUGCCCGUAAAUGUUAAGAUGCUGUCAGAUUAAUGGAGAGCAGUGCAUGUCUGAAAGGGGCUUUAUGGGUAAAGGUUGAGAACUCUAAAUGCAGUUUUCAAAACAACACUAAAUGCUAGGCUUGAGAUUGGACCCCUCACGAAAGAAUUAGCAUCUCCUUUAAAAAAAGGAAUAUAAAAAAAAAAAAAAUGCGACAGAGGCAAGUGCAAUUGAAUUUUUGAAGGGAAGCUAUCAGUCUGUCAGCCCUAAGACUCUAAAGGAAGGGGGAUAAAUAUGAAAUGUUUUAUGGGUAAAAUGUUUGAGAAACAUCUGAAUUUGAUUUCAGUCACGAUAUCCGUCUCCUCGCGUGGAAAAAAGUAAAAAAAAAUUAAGUAAAAACAUUAAGUAGGAAAGGCAGUUGAAGGCGAGCAUUAAAGCUACCUGUGCAGCGCUGAGCAAAACCAGCACUUAUUUUGAGCCCUUCCCAUCAUUAUGGGGAGAUUUUUUUUUUAAUUUAUUUCAGAAAAAUCGUAAGUAACGAAAACGAGAUGCACAUAGUGCGCAUAAAUGUUCACGAUGAGAUCAAGAGCAUACGCAUUUGGCCAACAGCUUCUAAAGCUUAUGUUUACGAAAAUAAGAAGUGUUAAUUCAUGGGAAAAUUUGUAUUAUUCAUGCAAAUGUAGCGUGGGCUUAUGGGUAAAGCUACAGUUUGUGCAAGGUUAACUCUAAAGUGGAAGAGGUUGAAAGCUGAAAUUCCGAAUCCAGGUGGUGGCAAAUCCCCGAAAUCAAGAAUUGCGCGUGGCGUGUUCACGGCCAUUGCCUCUCCAGUCCAGACAUAUUUAUAUACAAGGAAAAAAAAAAUCUCUCCAGUACUCUUAAUUUGCACGAUGACAUAUAGUCCACAUUACGUGCCUUGCCUUUGAAUAUAGAGACAUCACUACACUUGUUUUUUGCUGCAUUUAUCAUUAUAGAAAAAAAAAAUUAACAUUUUUAUGAUAAGAAUUGUUUUGUACUCUGAAUGAAAUUGUUGAUUUUUAACUUCAUGUACUACUCUAUGUCACAGUUACAUUGCAUAUCAAGGCUGUGUAUAGUUGCCGUUUUAAAGUUUGUAAUCAACCAGCAUUUUUUUUGUUUGUUUGUUUGUUUGUUUGUUUUCAGUAUUUUGGUGGUUUUUCUAAUAACCUGUCAUCUUUUGUUUUCCUUUUUUUUUUUUUUUUUUCUCAAUGCUCAUUUUGUUCAUCUUCCAGUUACUAUUGCGGAGGGUGGAAUUCAGAAUUAUGAAAAUUAUGCAAUACCAAGUUUUGCCUAUGUAGGUAGUGCUUAUAGAUGCGUCAAUUAUUAGAGGCUAGUUUGGAGAUAGAUAAUAUUGUAAUGCAUUUAUUUUGUUGAUAUCGUUGUUUGUCGUUGUUGUUGUUGAUGAUGUUGUUGUUGUUGUUGUUGUUGUGGGUGUUUUUUUCUUUUCCUUUUUUAUCGACCAAAGUGGGGACUGCUUUCUAUGCAGUGUGAGACAAGGUCUUUUUUUUCUCCUUUUUUUCUUUCUUUAGCUUGUAGGCCUACCGAAUGACGGUGAGACAAGUUCCCGUGUAUUAUGAAUUUGGGAGGUUUGGGAGGAGGGGUGGUAUUUUUCUAGAAAUACUUAUCUUAAAAUGAUGCACCCUUGGGCUUGCUGCGGCUGCAAAGUCACUGAUUGGUCUACUGUGACUCUUACUUUCAACUUUCCACCUGGGGUGCUAGCGUGUGACCUUGAAGGAGCUCUUCUUUCUUCUUCUUCCACUGGAGAGACAGCUUGACUUGAGCGCGACAAUCAUUUGAAGAAAUCAUUUUUGCGUAGAAUCCCGUUCUGUCUCAGCUCCCCGAGAGCCGCAGCCGAUAGCGUCGCGCGCGUUUUUCCAAAUCUUUACGCCGUGCUAUUCUAGAUGUCGCCUAAUGCAAUUCCCAAGUAGAUGCCUUAAACACAUCAGUGAAGUGGCCUGUGACUGCGCAACAAUCACACACCGACUAAUGCUAGUGAGACCUGUUGAAAUCAGUUCCAGACAGGCUCAAGCAAGCCUUUAGAAAGUAUUUUAUAAGUAGUAGAUUUGUAUAAAUGUAUAUACGAUAUGCACAUAUGUCAAUUCCUGAGACGCUUCCCUAGCAGAAGCCCCGUAGAGUAUGUUAAAGGAAAUAUUGGACUGCAGGAGUGUGGUGUCUUCUAACUUCCUGUCCAAAUGCCCCCAGUAGAAGCUUAAAUAGAAUCCACUAGGAGAAAAAAAUCUAGCACUUAAAUAGCACAUAGGCAAUCAUCUCCCCCACCCCCCCAUCCUCGUCCUACAGUGUUCAGAAGUCAAACUAAACCUCUCAGGCGUAUUACAGGGCAUUAUUUAUAUCAAUCGAUACCUUGCCAUUUUUAUUGUAAAAAAAAUUUCUCGCAGAAAGCUGCAGCGCAGCCAGUGCUGCUAUGACACCUUUUGCACUCUUUCCCUGCAAUCGUGAAAGAAACGUUUUCCUUCGGAGAGUUCCCCCGAGAGCUCUCCGGCGCCAGCAGAGGGCUAAGGAGCAGAAAUCGUUGUUAAAAAGUAAUCCUCAAGUCAAGCUCAAUCUCUCCGUCUUCACCCAGAUUUCUCACGCAGAAAGAAAAUGUUUGGAAAAAAACAAAACGAAAAAAGUCACCCCGUUGUAAGUGCACUGUUUGUUUGUUUUUUCUUGGUUGCUUUUUUUUUCUUUUAAAAGGAAAAAAACUAUAAGUGCUUUGCAGCCUUUGGCCAUUGGAGACCCCACUGAAGUGCAUUGUCCCCAAGUGUGUGUGUGUGUGUGUGUGUGUUUGUGUGCGCAACUUAAAAGUGUGUCAGGGUCACUGUGCUGUUGUGCUGGUGUCUGUUUGAAGAGGAGACUGUACAUAAUGGUAAAUAUCCUGACUGCGUCGAUAGCUGCGGUCUGCGAGGCUGAACUCUGCUUUGGCAGCUUGAGCGUGCAUGCAAGUGCGUGCAAGUGCGUACGCGGUUAAAUUUCCGAGCUGGAUGUAUGAUCGAGUGCCUCCGACACUACACAGCGAUAGAAGAUGAGGGUCUUUCUGUCGAGGAAAAGAAAAAGCCUGCCGUAGGACAGGAGUUUGUACACUGUAAACUUUCGGGGGAGUUCUUCUUUGAAGCCCACAUUUGUAAAUGUUCAUUUCUGGGGAAAAUGAGUCAAUUCCAUUUUAGGAAAAAAAGAAAAAACAAACAAAAAAAUGUUUUUUUAAAUUUGGAUUUGUUUGUUUCAGAGACUGGAUUUGAGUUAGAACUCUCCAGGUUUCUCUGAUUAGUGUUUUCAUCAGGUGUUCCUUUAUGUAAAGAUAAAAGAGGGGGGGUCGGGGAGGGAGUGUGUAUUCUGUACUGAUCCAUAAAUAUUAAGAAACAACAACAUUGAAGGCUUUUUUUAUUCUUAUUAAUAUUAUUUCUGAACUUGGUUAGUGCUUAGAUAUUUCCACUUGGGAAAGACUUCAUGAAUAUUUGAAUUGUUGUUCUUUCAGUAGUGUGGCCAUAGAGCGUGUGAUGUGAUUUAUCUCGAGGGUUGGUUUUUUUUUUCUCUUUUCUUUGGAAAUGGGUGUGAAUUCUUGUCCAACAAGAUUGUGGUGUGAGUGUGUUUCUUGUAGCAGCUGGGAAGUAAACCUGUAAGGCAAAGGCCCCAGUUUGCACCUGACCUUAAGUGAGAAGCAGGGUAAAAUCUGCAGUGACAAACGUCCUUGAUGAAUCUGUCGGAUUUUAUUUUUUUCCUUUUUCUUCUUGUUCUUAAAAAAAAAGAAUCACAAUUGUCGCAACGUGAUUGGUGCUGCAUCUCACCGUAUAUCUGGCAAGUUUGGAGCCGUGCGCGUCGUUCGCAUGCAGGCGAUGUUGUUUUAAGAAUUUCCUAAAAGAAAGCAUCCACUCAUUUUGCACUUUUGUCAUUUCACACGUUGUCAAAACCUGAUGUACUAUAGGAAACCCUCCAUUCACACUACAAACAAAUACUACAUGCUUUUCAGGUGCUUCAGAUUAGGGUACUGUACCUUCCAGCUGAGCUAGUGUUUUCGGGUUUAAAAAAUCAGUGUUCAACCCAUCAGCAGCUUCAAGAGCCCCCAUUCAGAGCAAAUACUGAGACUGGAAAGUAUUAUUACACUGAUCGCUGCGAUCGCAGAGAAACAGGACGACUUUAUGCAAGGAGGACCUGUGGCACUCAUGCAAUAUGUGAGAUUGUUCCUUUUUAACUGAAUGUCACACAUUCUGUAGGGACUGAGAGGCUUGUACACAUGCAGACUUAAGAGAAAACUUCAUUUUCAUCCUACAUGAGCAAUAUACAUCUUCCAUACUUUGGCUAGCUGCUAGUCACUUGGCAUCAGGUUGUUAUGAAACAUGAAAAACCAGCAUUUUUACAGGAUGUAACAUUCACCAAAAGGAGACUAAAAGAUAGCAAUGCAGUGCCUGUUCAAGCUGUCCAAGUGUCUGUUGUAUACAAUAUGUAGAAUGUGAUAGACUUAACUUUCCUACAUGGCGAGAAGAAAACGGCGUCACACCGAGCAGAAUGUGGCAAACGCAUCUGAAAAUAUGCUUUUUUUUUUUGUGAUUUAUUCAUUUUCGAAUUACGUCAGCACACGAUGCCCACGUCGGAUUUGUUAAAAAAAUAAUAAUAAUAGGAAAUUCUUUUUUCUUUUUCAUUUUUUUUUUUCAGGGAGGGAGGGGGAGUUGGGCGGGAGGGUCAGUGCUACAUGAAGCGCAAUGAUGGAAUUUCUUUAGUCACCAUUUUUCUCUGCAGGGCUGAUUUCUUUUUGGGUCUUGUGGCACUUUUACUUCCCGCUGCGCACACAUUUCUAUUUUAGGAAUCACGGUGGAAUCUAUAUAUAUAUAAAUAUAUAAAAAGAACAACAACAACAACACCAACAAAACAAUAUGUAAACAGUCUCCAGUAGUGAUCGUAGUUACACUGCAAGUGUGUGCAAAGGUCUAUGUAUGUAUCUGAAUGUACGUUUUAGAGGACUUUUGGAAAACCUUUUUUUUUGGUUUUGUUUUUUUUGUUCUUUUCAUCUUUUCAUUUACAGUUUAGGAGCCACAGGUGUCCAUUGUGAACUGUAUAGCAAAGGCCUUGAUAUCCCUUCUUUUAUUGAUUUUUAUCAACGCCACCCAAUAGGCGAUGCCUUCAAGCUAGUUACAUUUGGUGCAGGGGCUAAAAUUGCCACAAGAUUAAAAUCAGUGUAAAUAAGGCUCAACUUUUUGUGAUUGUUACUGUUAUAUCCAGCCUAUACUGCUAGCAGCUGUUUUUACUGCAGUCAAUUACUGGAAGUGGAUAUAUUUCCUAUGCAAAACUGUUUAAACAAUAAAAUGAGCUAUGCUACAAAAAUGA